AGUCGUAUAAUCGCCAAAAUUUUCGCAAUUUCGCGCGUCUGUACGGAAAAUAAUGCAAUAGAAAAUGGGAAAGAAGGAAAAUCUCCUCUUUGACAUCGACGACAUCAUCGAGAGCUCCAGGGACUCUGUCGACGCCUCGGAAGGCACCGAUAGCCAAGUCCUCACCAGCAGGUCCGUCGAGAGCAAUGACAAGGUGCAUCUUGCUCGAUCAGAACAGGUCUCUGAGGUCACACCUCCAAAGAACGUGGCAGCUGCCGAGCAACAAGCACCAGCCAAGGCCCAAAAUCACCACGAGAAAUGGCAAGCAAACCUACACGAAAAGAUUGAGCGCCUCAAGAAGCAGGAAGUGGAGGAAACCAAAGCCAGAACGAAACAGGCAGCCGAAGAACUCGAGAAAUGGCACGUUGAUCGCAAUACCAAAAUUCAGGAAAACCUCCAAAAACUCCUACUCAAUGAACCCAAGGAAGCUAAACGGGACAUUAAAGACCCAUUCGACUGGGAAAAGUGCGCAAAGUAUGUCCAAGAGAGCGAUUACUUUCCAAUUGAUCAAUCACAUGGCAACUCACAAAAGCUUAUUGAACUCGUCAUGAAGAGAAAGAAUCUUCAUCAGAAUGCAUAAUACGGAGCAUACGAGUGGAACGAGUAGGUAGAGUAUGGCGAAUACAUGAACGAAGCGAAUUGAUGAGCUGGCAGGAGUAUCCUACAUCAGUAGGUACGACUGCUAUCUCCCGAAGAAUGAGGGAUCUGAGCUAUGGAAUAGCGAACAAGCGACC